AUAGCUCAAUGGUUUUGUAGCUUGCUGCUCUUCCAGAGGAUCUAGUUCAGUUUUCAGCACCCUUAUCGGUAGCUCACAACUGCCUUUCACAACAGCUCCUAGGGCUCUGACACCCUCCUCUGGCUUCAUUGGGUGGGUACCUUAACACAUGUGGCAUCUAUGUGCAUAUACAUUUUUAAAAAAUAUAAAAAUUAAGUCCUAAUUACUAAACUAUUUUAAGAUGUAAUCUGAAAAUUAAAUUAUACCUCUCCCUCCUCAAGGCAAAUAUCCACUCAAAAUGCAAAAUAUUGCAUCCUAUUUUUCAUUAACAAAAUAUUUUCUAAUAUAUCCAGUAACAAAGGUUCACCUAUGCCAAUCAUGUUGAUACACUACUAUAAUCCUAACACUUGGGAGUCUGGCCAAGAUCAUGGUAAAGUUCAAGGCCAGCCUGGACCACAUUGUAGUUUCUAGGACAACUUGGGCUACAUGGGGAGACCCAGUCUCAGAAAAAAACCUUAAAGAUCCAUCCGUGGCACACACAGUAAGAAAAGAAACAGAUGGGCAUUGUGGAGCGUACAUAAAAUCCCAGCACUUGGGAUGCUGAGGCAGGAGGACUGCUGGAAAUUCCAGGCACCCUAGCUUAUGUGAAUGUGAGAGCAGCCUUGGCUAUACAUCAAAAUCCUGUGUCAAAAAAUAUAAACUGAACUUGUUAGACUAAAUAAAACUAUGUCUGGAGAAAUGGCUGGUUGUCCUGUUUAAUGGAAUUCUUUGGUUUUUGGAGAAAGGGUAUGUCUAUGUAGCCUUGAUUGUCCUGGAACUAGCUCUGUAGACCAGACUGAUCUUGAACUCAGAGAUCUCCUGCCUGUGUCUCCUGUGUGCUGGGAUUUAAGGUGUGUGCCACCACAGUCCAUCCCUGUUUAAUGGAAUUCUUCAGAUUUGAUGUACAAAUAGGUUUCACAUUGUAUGUUAGGUAAUUAAUAAAAAUAUUUUUAUUAAAAAGGAAGGUUCCUUUGGCAUCGAAUGUUCUUGGGCACUUACACUGGCUCUUAGGAACUUUGGAUUUGACCUUAGCAUCACUGUGAGGAUGUGAACAUCUGUCUGCCUGUGGCUCCUUUGCAACUCAUUCCCUCAACCAUGAUUCUUUGUGAAAUCUCAUCUCCUCUCCCAGUUAAGCUCGGGACCUUUUGAUGUUAGUACCAUUUCCAUGACAGGUGGUGUAGUGUCGUGGUUCUAACCUCAAAGUAUUUGCCUUAGAAAUCACCAAAUGGUUUAGUUUGAAAAUUAAAUCAAAUGAAGGCAAAGUAAACCAACUGUCAGGAGGCCAUUUGUUGUGGGAUAGCAUGUGCACAGACAGAUGUGUUAUGAUGCAGGCUAAUUGAUUUUCCCCUCUGGUGAACAAGUGGCAGCUGUUAAAGAGAGAUGCUAGGGCUGGAGAGAUGACUCAGUGGUUACAGUAGCCAGUUUCGGUUCCCAGCAUCUCCAGGGAAGCUGUUACCCUCCUCUGGCACCAGGCACAUGGGUAGUAUGCAUACAUACAUGAAAAUAAUAAGUACACAUAAUGUAAAGAGAGAUGCAGUUUGACCUCCCUGUCCACUUCACAAUAACCCAUCACAUUUUACAGACAUCACAGCAGCGCACACAAGUGCAGAGCCCUGUGCUGGAGAGAGGCAAAAAGAUGAAAAGGCCCUGUGGAGUCCUCCUAGGACGAGAGAACAGUGCAAAUAGUAAUGGAAGACAGCAAAAGGCGGACCUUCCCAUCUUACACCUGGAUGGAUGAUGACAUGGAUGAAGCCCCCAGCCAAGGACCUGUCUUCAAUCCUGAGCUGGUCACUGCCCACUGCUUCAGGCAGUUCAAGAAAGACUUCCACCUGCCACGGUGCCGCAGGCGAAUCAUCAUUGUGCCUGGGACAAAGGACCAGGUGCCAGCCCACCCCACGUUGCCCCCUAAAGCUCCCCCUCCACCCAUUCCUACCUACAAAACUCUAGACUUUACAGACAUCCAAGAGCAACCAGUGGACAGGAAGGUCUGGCUGAGCCAGAGGGCAAAGCUCCGGAGGCAGCUGGAGUCACUUGGUGAUGUCAAGACCUGGCUAGAGAAUAAGCCUCACAUAACACCAUCAGAGGCCAAGGUUCUGUUGAUGAUUCGCCAAGAGCAAAUAGCCCGCAGAGCUACCUACAUUACAGGGAAACCCAAGGUUAAGGCUCCCAGACAGGUCCGUCGACCUCUACCCAUGCUGCUACUGCCCAAGCCUUCUGCCUUGGCGGACUUGUACUCCUACCUGCGUAGCCAAAAGAUCAGGAUUCUGGAUUUAUUUAGCAAGGUGGACCGGGGUGAGAACCAGCGAAUUUCCAGGGAGGAAUUUAUCAUGGCUCUGAAGACAAUUGGAGUUCCUCUGAAGAACCUGGAGCUGGAGGACAUAAUCAUCUACCUGGGCACUCUCGGGAACCAGAACGCCAUCACCACCGACGCCCUGACCAACACCUACAAGCAGUGGUUACUGGCCCAGCAGAGAAGCACCGUGUCCACUGCCAGGGAGUAUUACAAAUUGGCCACAAAGAAAGCUUCCCUGAAACAUACCCCACAAAAGCAGCAGGCUGGCCCAGCCCGGCAGCCUUACAAGAUGGACCUGCUGACAGUGCCUGAGGUUGAUACAAAGAAGGAGGCGCGGCCCAUGACAGAAGAAGACAUGGAGGAGGUGGGCAAGCGGUACCGAGAGAGGCGGAGGCAAUACAAGCUCUGUCUCCCCUCCAUCCAAUACAUGGAGCGCUGCCGCCUGGUUCGAUCUGGGAAGAAGCCCUUUGAUGAUCACUGCCUACCGUCCACCAUUUCUGGGGAAAUGGAGGAGCUGCUUAACAAGGCCCGCAGGGAUGUCUUCCUGGUCUACCUGCAGUGCUGGGAACUCUGCCAGACCUAUGGUAUCCCACUGACUGAGGACAUCCUCAUGAGAGCACUACUGUAUCCAGGAGACAGGAUCAUUUCUCUGAGAAAAGAAGUCCGCCCGAUCCGGCAGCCUGGAGGCUAUUACACAGAUGAGAAUAUUCUCCAUAGCCUGACUGGAUUCGGGAUCCAGGGCUUCCACAAGCUUGGGAUGAAGACGACAGACAAGAAAACUGAAUCAAAGAAAUUCAAGAAAAUGCACUUCCAGGAGUUCGAGCAGUUUACUAGGAAGCUGAAGGCCAAGAGGCUUGGUAGUCCCUCACGUACACACCCCAAUUACUUCUGGCCUGGUCACCUUCUGGAUAAGCUGCGGCUCUUUCUGCCCACUGUGGCCAAGGACAACAGCCUGGCAAUCUUCAGCCGUGUGGAACACAAGCGCCUCGCCUGCCCUUCCGUUACCCAUCACUCUAAGGAGUGGUGGCCCAUGAAAGACUGGGCAUACAUGGUAUAUGGCAAUUACGAUGCAAACAAGGUGUACUCCAUCAACUAGGGUGACCGGGGGCCCACAGCUGCAGACACAAGAUACCAAAGAGCCAUGCAAAAGAAACAUUCCCAGGGAUAGUCUAGAGCCGUGUCCCCUGAUGCCAGUGUCCAGGGCUGGGAGUGUGCAUGUGCUUGCUACCCUGUGAUGACCUCUGCCCUUUUGAAAUAA